UCCAUCUCUUCUUCCCAAGCCAUCACAAAGUGUUAAUGAUCGAUCAUGUCUUCCAAUGAGGCUGGUCCCUCAUCCGCUGGAGGAAUGGCCACGCUAUCAACAGAGCCUAUUUCGAUAGCGGAGAAGGAGGUCAUUCGACCAAUAUCGUAUCACUUUGAUGAAAAGGCCAGUAGGAUAUCAGAGGAAGAUGUAAAUGAAUUGAUGAAAGGAGUGAUUGCUUCUAUCAUCAAAAAGAAAGGAUAUGAUGGCAUAGAAGCAAGCGCAAUGGAUUACAUCAUGCAUAAUGUCGAACAUGUCAUGUCGGGCUUAUUGGACCACACAGCAGAAUUAGCAAUGGUUGCAAGGAGAAGGAAACCCUCUGCUAGAGAUGCAUACAUCGCUAUUCGAAAUGCAGGUCCACGACUACAGCCAGAUGCAUUGGAAGAUUACGCAAAAGGGAGAGACAUCAACCAAUCUCCAGCAUGGAGGGUAGAAUGGGACAGAAAGCGAACAGAUGUAUCUGAAUGGAAAGCACCAGAGGAAAAAUGGUUGCCAAGCGAUGAAGAGGUUGAAGAAGAGCCUGAUUCAUCCACUUCAAGAUCUCAGAAUCCAGUCAAGAAGAGGCGGCGAAAGCACUUCAAACCAAAAAUGGAUGAAGUCCCGGCUCACUUGCCACCUCUUCCUCCAAAACAUACAUGGUUAUCAACCCCAUCCUUCCCUAUACGUUCGGAAGACACGAUUGAGCCUCUUGCUCUUAUUGAUAUCAAAGUUUCCUCAACAAGACUCACAGAAGCUUCUUUGCGUGGCUUGAUCAGUGCAACGGAUAAUGCUGCAGCUUCUAGUCGUGAGCAGCAAAAGGCAAGAGAUGGAAUGAAGAACGAUUCUGGCGUGCAACCUUCAUUCAAGACAGACUUAUUUGGAACAGCAUCCAAGAGGGUCACCAGUCCACAGGCACAAGUUCAGCCACCCGUCACAACACCAGGUUCUGUCGACGAAGAAAAUCGUAAAAGUCGCAGUCUCAAAGGCAGAACACUAUCGUUGCGUUUGCGAACGAAUACGGCGCCUCAGCAAACUGCUGAGCCGAAUACAUCCGUUGCAGAUUCACCACCAGUAGAAAGGAACGAAAUCAGCACUGCAGGCCCUGUCAGUACGCCGUCAAGAUCUGUCUCAUUCAAAAGACCCUCAACUUCUCAUAGAGCUUCACUUUCUCUAUCUAUCGCUGGAUCACGAUCUGCAACACCGUUGGCAUCACCUGCUCUUUCACGUCGCGGCAUGGUUGCACCACCAGGCAGUGGGUCAUGGACAGUUGCGCCGACACAGUCAUACUUCACAUGGGGUCCGCCUACGCCCGGUAUUGGAAGUCCGGCAGAUCUACCUCUUGCAACACCCCUUACGCCAGGAGCAGGUUUUGUUUACCCUCCAACGCCAUCUGAUCUUUAUGCAAAGAAUGACUUUGGUGCCAAUCAUGAGAGUGCAGGCCAGAAUGCAGAGGAUAUAACACUCCCAGGUGUUGUGAAUUAUAAACGAUCGUGGUAUCGUAGAGGCAAUGCGGUCAGAAAAGAGGCUGUCGAUGACGAUGGAUAAGAUUUCAAACUCAUUGUAUUAUAAGACAUUGCAAUCCAUAUUGUGUAA